GAACAAGAAAAAAAGAAGAAGAAUUCAGACAACAGCUGUAAAUAUAAACAAGCGGCAUUCUUCCAAAAAUUUUGUUUUAUUAGUGGAUAAACAAUUUUUUGUUCAUACAUUUAAGUUUUGUAAUUUAAAAAUAAAAUUACACAGUAGCUUACUUUCAUCAUGGCAGGAGAAGUAACUGUUGAUGCUUUGCCUUACAUAGACCAAGGCUACGAUGACGCAGGAGUUCGCGAAUCGGCUCUUGCUAUGGUGGAGGAAGAAUGUCGGCGAUAUAGGCCUACUAAGAACUAUCUAGAACAUCUGCCACCAUUAAACACGAAUGCAUUCGAAACUGAAUUAAUGGCAAGCGAGUUUGAACGUAUACAAAAUCGUCAACCUAUGGAGACUUUAAGCAUGAAACGCUAUGAAUUGCCUCCACCACCGUCUGGCAAACUGUCUGAAGUGACCGCUUGGCAGGAAUCUAUAGAAAAUUCCAUGGCACAACUAGAACACCAAUGGGUUCGUGCAAUGAAUCUCGAGCUUAUGAUUGACUACGGCAUAGAAUCAUGGAAAGCAUACCUAGAAGUGAUAGCUGCUCUACAGGCUAAAACGCUGACACAGUUGCAGGAAUCAAAAAAACAUAUACAGGAUAUAAAUUGGCAACGAAAGCAAGCCCAAACUCAUGCUGGCGAGAAACUUAAGACUCUGGAGGCCAAUUGGGUACUUUUGGUAUCUAAAAAUUAUGAAAUAGAGCAAAAGUGCGUAGAAUUAGAAGAUCAAUUGCAAAAAGCCCGCCAGGAAAUCUUAAAAUUAAAAGCCCAAAAGCAAAAUUAUUUAACGAAUGGAGAUUCAUAAUAGUAGUACCAAAUACUUAACAAUUGAUUAAAGUAAUUAUCAGUGUGAGUUAAAUUUUAUUUAAAAUUAUGAAUUAAAUGUAACCCCAUGUUUUUAAGUUCCUGAUAAAUUUCAUCACUGUUGGUGUAUUUUCCACUAAACUUAGAAGUUGCGAUGAAAAAUUUGAGUUCCACUAAAGCUUAUAUGUUUAUUUGUAAAAAUUACAAAAAUUAAAUCAGUACAUAUUGAUAGUACCACGCUAGAU